CAGAGAGGAGCUUGCCUGGCCUUAUCCCACAACUCAGCUCGGCCACAUCCCCGAGGUCGAGGCACUAUGGAGUCGGCCGUGGAGGAGCUGAUGCCCCGCCUCUUACCUGUGGAACCCUGCGACUUGGCAGAAGACUUCGACCCCUCCGUGCCACCUCGGACGCCCCAGGAGUACUUGAAACGGGUCCAGCUUGAAGCAGCACAAUGUCCAGAUGUUGUGGUGGCACACAUUGACCCAAAGAAGUUGAAAAGGAAACAAACAGUGAAUGUUUCGCUUUCAGGAUGCCAGCCUGCUCCUGAAGGAUAUUCCCCAACACUUAAAUGGCAGCAGCAACAAGUAGCACAAUUUUCAACUAUUCGCCAGAGUGUGAACAAACAUAGAAAUCACUGGAAAUCACAACAUUUGGAUAGCAAUGUCACCAUGCCAAAAUCUGAAGAUGAAGAAGGUUGGAAAAAAUUUUGUCUGGGUGAAAGAUUAUAUGCUGAAGUGUCUGUUGCAACAGCUACAGGUGAAAAUCCAGGAAUAGAUUAUGUGCAGAUCGGCUUUCCUCCCUUGCUUAGUAUUGUUAGCAGGAUGAAUCAGGCAACAAUAACUAGUGUCCUAGAGUACCUGAUUAACUGGUUUGGAGAAAAAGACUUUACUCCUGAAUUGGGAAGAUGGCUGUAUGCUUUGUUAGCUUGUCUUGAAAAACCAUUAUUACCUGAAGCUCAUUCAUUAAUUAGGCAACUUGCAAGAAGAUGCUCUGAAGUGAGAUUUUUAGUGGAGAGUAAAGAAGAUGAACGAGUACCUGCUUUGAAUUUAUUAAUCUGUUUGGUGAGCAGGUAUAGUGAAAGCUUUUUGUUUUUCAUUUUGUACGUUGUAAAAGUGCUAUAAAUGAUUAUUCAUAUGUGUGUACACAUGUAUUAAACAUGUCUGUAUUCUAUUUUUUAAACAUGUGUUGGCUAUGUGAUCAUUUUAAAGAAGCUCAAAUGUUAAGAAAGUUUAAUUAAUAGUAAAUUGGGAAAUCAUAAAAUGGCAUGCCUGUUAUAUACUUUCUUAGCAAACAUUUUGUUGAGUUUUAAAAGAAAUACCUUUUGUAAUUAGAUUGUCAACUUGAAAGUCUAGAAUAUAUACGUACUUUGAGAGUACAAAAUUAUCCUAGUCCUUUAA